AUGGUCCAGAAAGCAAUCACACCUCCUGACAGCUCGAGCGAGUGUCACGGCUCAUCUCCGGAGGCGAAAACCACCGCCAAAUCUGCUGCUCCGCCUCGACAAGCGCUGAGUCGUCGGGGCCACUUCAAAUCGCGAUUGGGAUGCUUUAGCUGCAAGCGACGACGAGUCAAGUGUGACGAGCUUCGCCCAGAGUGUUCCCCGUGCAGGCGUCUGGGCUUGUCGUGCAUGUAUCCGACAACUCCAUCGUCAUCUGGCUCCCAGACAACAAUUCGGCCGAAUCCUUCGGUUCUGAACCUUGUUGAUCUGCGGUUCUAUCAUCAGUUUCUUACAGCCGGGUUUCCAACACUUCCUUUGCGGGGGGAAAAGGUUUGGGCGCAAUGUGCUGCCAUGUCCUACAAUUACGAAUGCCUUGCGCAUGCUAUCCUUGGACUUGGAGCUUCACACCUGUCCAAGAAUUGUACCAUAGACUACGAAGCACAGGCCUUGCAACAUCGUGUCGCCGCGAUUAAACUCGUUAAUGAACAGCUGGACAAGCCGCCGCAAAAGCCAAUCGACGCCGAUGCCUUGUUCGCUACCGUUAUUUGCCUCCUCACACAGUCGUCCUUGAUGUCUGACAGCAUGGUGGAAUACAUGACGAUGACGAGGGGGGGGAAUCUCGUCGCCACAACCAUCAUUCCCGACUUUAACGCGUCCAUUUUUAAAGCAUUUAGCCCGGAAGGUCAUGUCAGCGCAUUGAAUGAGAUGGUGCAAGAACAUCCCAAGGAUCUCAAACUGAUAGAGGCGUUCAAGGCUUCUGCGUUGUCCAUGAAGCCUAUUUGCCAAACGGUGAAUGAAAUAAAGUACCUCGAGACUAUGGUUAGCUGCAUAGACGCACUGAAGACAUCUUCGCUCUCUGCCUGGCUGCAUUUCGUCCCUCUGUACAUGAUGCCGUCGACAUUUGGUAACCAAGAAUUUCUCGCCUUUGUUAAUCCGGAAAACUACACCGGACAACUACUGGCGAUUCACAUGUUCCUGCUUGAUUAUGUCCUCGGCCGGUUUUGCCUUCCGCUUGAGGAGGAGCCUAAAUGCCCAGGCCGGAAACUGACCAUUAUAUCGUGGACCAAGAAUCUUGCUCAGUCGCUCCCAAAACCUUACCAACCAUAUAUCGAGUGGCCACUGCAGUAUUGCGACGUACUAGAGAAGCAAGACUCUCGGUACCUACUUAGCCCUUGA